AAGGCUCGCUUCCUGUUGUCAACCGCCAGUAAAAUUCUAAAAGAAGAAGAAGAAGCCGCUUCCUGUUUGUUCGGCAACCUUCGGCUUGUGUUCGGCUGUCGGCGUAGAUCAAAAUGACCAAGCUGCAGCUGCUGAGCGCCUACCUGACGGAGCGGCUCACCGCGGUGGUGAAGGAGGUUCUGGACGUGGUGGAGGACACGGUGGCCCAGUACCGGGAGGAGACGGCCAGAACCAGGCGGGAGAACGAGAGCCUGCGGAGGCAGCUGCGGGACAUCCUGCUGCUGGAGGCCGAGAGCGAGUGGCUGGGCUCGGGUCAGGCUGCUCUGGGUCUGGAGCCUCCAGAGCAUCAUCCCAGUGACUUGAAGCCCAGAACCCUCAUAGAGGAGCCAGACUCCACCCUGACUCAGUCCAGACCUCCACCGGCGUCUGUGCACCUUCUACCAGCUCAGAAGGACUUACCUUCAGCACCGAUCCAGCUUCCAGGAGACAAGAGGCCUGCAGAACUCUGGGAUCAGACGCCAAAGUCCGAGUCGCUGCAGGAAGCCUUCAGGAGGACGUCUCACCUGGCCGUCAAUCCUUCGGGGAUCCAGGCAGAUGCUCCGGCUCCUCCGCAGGUCAAAGCUGAACCCGAGGAAGGGAGCAAAGCCGAGAGUCCAGCCGAGUCCAAGACGGCGAGCGUCCAGGUAGCCACACCUGAAGAAGAGCCGCCGUCUGCGGCCGCAGGUCAGCACGAUGCUCCCAGAACCAGGACGUCCUCCCAGGAGACGCAGCCGCCUGAUGACGGCGCCGGGUUUAUCCCCGAGCUGGUGCACCGCUGCCCGCGCUGCGCCGAGGCCUUCAGCCACCUCGCCGGGCUUCGCCUCCACCUGGAGCAGAAGAGGAAGACCUACGCCUGCGAGUGGUGCUGCAAGUCCUUCACUCAGUCGGCCGACCUGCGGCGCCACCUGCGCACGCACACCGGCGAGCGGCCGCACCGCUGCAACUUCUGCUGCAAGAGCUUCAGCCAGCGAGGAAACCUGCGGCGCCACCUGCGCAUCCACACCGGCGAGCGUCCGUACAGCUGCCCGUUCUGCUGCCGCACCUUCACCGACGGAGACACCAUGAAGAAGCACAAGCGCACGCACUCAGGCGAGAAACCGUACCGCUGCGCUCGCUGCGCCAAGACCUUCACCAGCGCCGGCGGCCUGCAGCUGCACCUCAGGAAGGACCUGUGCUUGGUGGCGAGCUCCUGACCGGACCAGUCUACCGGACCAGUCAGUCCGUCGGGACUUGAUGGACCCAUGAGACUUUAACGCUUGGAGCAAUACCAGACCAAAGCUUCGCUCUCAUCCUCAGAAGCAGAACCUUGCUUGUCUCAACCCUAAGCUGAUCAUAAGGUGUGAAAACGAUACUUUGGGUUUAAUCAGAACCGGUAGAAGUCCGGUUCUGGCUGCUCAGACAGACGUCAGCGAGGAUCGCUCUGACCUCGCAGAAACCAAACCGCUGCAUAACACCGGGCGGAACCGGAGAGCCCGGCCCAAGGUUCUGCCGUCUCCAGGUUUCAGGGUGCAGAAGAAGGAUGCAGCAGACGCCUGGUUUGAUUUGUCCUGUCUGGGCUUCUGUAGCAGCAGAGAUGCUCGUGAGCAGCUCAGUUCUCCAGUGUUAGUCUGAUGGUUUGUGACGAAGCUGAAAACUCUUCCUCCUCCUGCUGCUGCACAGCUUCUGCUGAGGUUUUCCUCUGCAGGACCCAAUCAUCAUCCUCCGGCUGCUGGACAUCAGUUGAUCUGCUGGUGGACUCUGAAACCUGCAUGAGUUUCUCCUGAUCCUCCUGCAGCUCAGUGACCUGGAAAUGUUGCUAGAACCUGAUGCCAUCUCACCCUGCAGCGCUUUCUGUCCACUUCCUGCAGGUAGAAGCAUCUUCCCUCAGGCUGGAGAUAUUCAAGAUGUUCUAAUGGAGAUGUUUGCAGAUGUUCUAAUGGAGAUGUUUGCAGAUGUUCUAAUGGAGAUGUUUGCAGAUGUUCUCCGGACUGCAUGGUUGCCUGCAGCAGGUGAGACGACGCGUUUUCUGAUGAGUUUGAUCUUCUACAUCCCAGCUGAACUCCAGCCUCCUCCACAGUGAUUGGUUAAAGAGGCUGAACAUAAAGGACUCUGGUUGCUGAAGCAUCAUCUCACCAGUCUGUAGACAAGUCUAGCUUUUCAAUCUGAGAAAUGUAGUCAUUGCUGAGAUGAAUGUUCUGCUGCUUCUGUGUCCGGCGGCUCAAAAAAAUCCCAUGAAAUGAAUUCAUCUGCAGCGUUUCUGUCAUUAUUGCAGUUCUGAGCUGGACAAGGGCUUCAGCUUAUCUUCUACCAAACCUGUAGGAGGACAUUCAGGGAGGUAGAAACAUCACUGUGCUGACCGGGGGGGAGUUUGGCUCCAAGCAGGAAAAUCUAAGUUAGCAUGAUCUGCAAUAAAGCAACCGGGGGAACGGAUGAGUUUUCCUGGGUCUCAUGGAGGUUGGGACGAGUAACGUUUAACCAACGUUCCUGUUUUAGUUGAAUAAAACGAUUAAAACUGCUUUAAUCUGG